UCAUGACAAUGUCACGGUACCGAGGCAGAUCUCAGCCUAUCGCAUUCGUCCAACUCUGAGGCUCUACAGCGGAACUCAAUGCUAUGCUCAUACUAAUCACCAAACUCUACUCGAGCCAGGGAGCCCAAGUCUCUCACUGGCAGGCCCGAAACUCGAGCAAUGACAGUCCGGGGAAUCAGGGUGAGUAUGAUGACAAUAUACUACGUAUUGUCAUGGCUUCGACCAUGUAUUUGACGAACCACGCAGUCGGAAUGAAACAUACCAACUCACACGUCCUAGCAUUACUGUGUGGUCGCACUGAACCACACAUUGAUUGACGCGUUGCGGGUUUUGUUCCAUAAUGCGCAAAAACCGAGAUUGACUUCACAGGCAAUAUCUCAGCAACAAUGAAGGUUCACGGUGACAGAUGCUGUAACAUCCGUGGCGCAAACAUGGCAGGGAAGGGCUCGCAGGUACCGCCUUCCGGUGCGCUUCGAUGUGGUAUUUGCGGCAGGCGUACAAAGACGCCUGGACCUCGCUCUCGCCAGCCUGUUCGUCCCCGCAUUCUUCCCCAAGACCAUCUGUGGUACCACCUUGAAAUGGUUCAGGAAGGUAGUUCCUCUCCGGGUACACCGAGAAGCAUGCAUCCGGGGACACCGAGGACGGGCUUUCCACCGACACCUCUGUCUGGGCGCCCGCGUUGGGAACGAAGUAUGGCUGCGGGAGAGACGUACACAGAGAAUCCCGGCGUAUAUGACUGCGGUAAAACAUCCCAUACGGCGUCGCCAUUGAGUGACGCUACCUGGGUGCAAUAUGAGGAAAGGUUCAGUCAUGUGGAUACCAAGUUCGUCAAGACUUGGGACAAAGAUCUUGAUACCCUAUUGCUCUUCGCAGCAUUGUUCUCUGCGGUUCUGACGGCCUUCGUGAUUGAGUCGUACCAAUAUAUGACGCCCGCCUCGAACAAGACUGAAGUGAUCUUGCAGCAAAUCCUCGUAGCACUACAGUCAAACGGUUCACUACCAGCGAACACUCACAUCCUAGAUGUAGAACCGGACGCUUCAGCAGUUCCCACUUUCGUUCGCAUCAACGUUCUUUGGUUCGCCAGCUUGGUCACGAGCGUCUCAACCGCGUUCCUCGCCAUGCUCAGCAAAGAAUGGCUUGCCGAUCUCCACGAGGGUCGCGAUGACACCUCCGCAGAGAUGCACAUGCGAGGACGGCAAAUCCAGCUGCGCUAUGACAGCAUGCGCGAAUGGCGACUAUCGCUGGUGCUUCCCUUCCUCCCCUUCCUUAUGCACGUUUCGCUCCUCCUGUUCUUUGCCGGCCUCGUGGACUUCUUGUGGUACUUUAACAAGACUGUCGGAAUCGUCGCAGCAAUAUUCGUCUCGGGGAUGGUCCUCAUCUACGUCUGGACGCACAUUCGGUCUAUCUUUAGCGCCACCUGUCCCUAUAAAACGUCGCUCACCUUCCUCAUCCUCAUAUUCGUCAACUCCGUGCGUAAGCGCCUAUCGUUGGACCUCCCUGCCGCGCUCGCCCGUGUGUGGGUUUUCAUGGCGGUCACAUACGAGGAGUACUGGACCUACAAAGACCCGGAGCUAUUCCGUGCCAUCUGGGACGUCCUCGUCGUGUCAUGGUUUGGACGGGCAUGGCGACGUUUGCUCACCACACUCGGUGACACACACAUCCUGCCGAAGAACUUGUGGAACCUGUGGGCGAGGCACAUAGGGCUUGGGCCCACCAACAUCGUUCGUUUACGAGAGGAAGCCUAUAUCUCAGGCCACCCAGAACUCAUGGAUGCUCGCGUCCUCGCUCGGAUGAUCGGAGCUUACCCCAAUAUCGGCGACAGCGCGCAGUUGGCCAGGGAGUUGUGCGACUUCCCUGCUCUAGUCCGGUACCGCGCCCUGUUUAUCGAUGCUGGCGCGAUCGACCUCCUGGUGCACCACAUCUUCGACGCCUAUCGACACUCGCACUUGUAUCCCGAUGAUCUCGGAGCCAAGGAUCGCGAUAUGGUACUUCACCAGUAUAAGGCUCUUGCACGGCUUUUGACCGAGGCAGAGACAAAUGACGCACGGACGGUUAUCUUCAAGAUACAGGGCAUACCCGUGCUGUGGGACUUCCGACUGCGUCGCGUACCGAGCUACAUACGCUUCUGGUACCACCCGGAGAAGACGCUCACCGACUCUCGUCUGUGCCGGACUGAUGCGCCCGUCGACUACGACCUCGAUGACAUCGUUCUGUACUCGCAUAUGCUGCGGCUGCAGCUUAUCGUAUCGUCGAACGAUUGGUACUCGAAGGAGGUGCAGUCCUCGGUGUUGGCGUUCUUCGAUCAAUUGCUCAAGCCGGACACGGUGCGCGAUCUCGACGAUGACGCGCUCACAGCGCUGGCGAACGCCACCAUCUUCGUAGGCAUGCGUCCGAUCAGGGUGGAACGCGCAGCGGUGAAAGGGAAGAAGACCGAGGCGGACGUCGAGAGCGGUACAGCGGUAGAUCCGGAUGACCAGGAGCGCAAGCUGCAGGCUGCGCACGCCUCCAACGCACUGACCGUGCUCGCAGCGCUUCUGAAGAACAGGCCAGAUAUGGGGCUCCCAGUUUUGCGCCAGAUCGGGUGGGGUAUCUGGAUGCUGUCGCGACCCAUUCCACGAUCCCUGUCCGGGCUCCUCGUUCCAACCAUAACCUCAUUCGACACACUUGCUCCUGCUCUGGCUCGUCUACUCUCGCAUCAAUGGGACCGCAACACGCUUAUCGAUUCCAUCCUCGUUUUGAUGACAUGCUUCCUUCCUUCGCGGUUCGACCAACAGCGUCAAUUGGGGUACUCAACGGACAGUAAUUCAGAGGACUGCCGCCAGUUGAUGCAAGCGCUUCUGGAGCGCUAUCCACAAUUCCUGCGACGCAUGCGGAUGAGUCUCAACCCGACGAUUGUGGCGAAGCUGUCAAACCUCUUGAACAUCGAUCUACAGGAUCUGCCAGCGUUCUGGGAAACCACCGACACUGUCGAAUCAUCCGCAUUGCUGAACACGCUACGCCAUGUCGUCGAUAUAUCCGGAAUUAUAUGGGAUUCCUCCGCUGGCCUUAUGCCAGAGGCCGACUUACCUCCUGCGAUAGAAUCCAGCUCGGACCCCACGGACUCGGAGCCAGCGAAUCUGAUCUCUGAGGACGAUCGCACCAGUAUCCUGUCAGCUACGCUUGACAUGCUGUGUGAUGUUUGCAGCCACCUCGAGCGUAUCAAGGCGACGAGGGCUCAGGACAUGCAAGCUAUCUAUAUUCUGGUCCUACGCUUCGUCUGCCGCGCAGCAACAGUUCACUUCCAGACGUGGGACAGACGGCCUGAUCUGGCACCGAUUGACGAGAAGGACAUCUAUGGCGCCGACGUCUCCGUUGCAGCUCCCGGACUCGGAGACAGGAAGGAGAGUGGGUUCCCUGCGGUGCAGAAGAGCUGGAGUUUCGGACUCGGAAAUGGCUCCGAGUCUGCGCACGAUCUAGCGGUGGAGAUCGAGCAGGCUUUGCGGGCUGCUAAGGCAGUCAUAAAGGAGGCGAAAGACGUUGUAAACAACCCGUUGGGCCUCAAGAUAAUCACCACCCUCCUCGUCACCAUCGUCAUGUUGCAGUGCAAGCCGGAAAACACAGACGACCCCGAAUGCGAAAGAUUGAAGUCUGACAUGCUUGAUCAUCUGCGACGUGAGGAUGCUGAAGGGGCAAUUGGCAGUCUGGCCCUGAUCCUCGACGGGGAAGAUCGCGAGUUGGUGGACAAGGCGUUGGAGGUCGUCCGUGAUCCUAGCCGCGCAGAGCCUGCGGAAGUGGGCCGAAGAAGCUCAUCUGAUGGGCGUGACGACGACAAGGGAAUCUUUCGGCGCGUGGGGUCAGACCUACGUUCGUUGGUCCAGAAGCGUAAGGCCCUAUCCAGAACUGCUAAUGAGGGGGUACGUCGCACGUCACAAAUUGUGGACACGAUCGGAGCCUUGAAACGAAUUCCCACAACCGAAACACACUCGCCUGAGAUUGUCACUGUGGUGGUAGAUACGGGCGGUGAUGGUGGAAGCAGCACACCUCAGCCCGAGUAGUCGGUUUGACUCUGACCCUCUGUUUGUAUACGUCGAUUUUUUUGUAAUGACAUACAGUAGAUUGUCACUGUG